UAAGUCAGAUCGUCCGCAUCCAUGUUUCUUGUACGACGUUUCGCGGGCAUGAGUUCAAUCAAUCUUUAUAUAAACAUUGUUUAUUGAAUAUUGUUAACGUAAUAUGGAAAAAGUGUGGUGUGUGAUAUUCUUGUUGAUAAAUGUAAAGUUUUUAGUCGCACAAGAAGGGGAAGAAUGCGAAUUAGAGGAAGCGGAAGGUGUGUUCGGGGAAUGCAAACCGACAUAUCUGUGCAGUUACACAGAUCGACUAAUCAAUAAGGAAAAUCAACAACCAACGGUUUGCUUCGCAAACACGACUGACACUUUUGUGUGUUGUCCAAAAACACUCUACCAAACAGGAAUACUUGGAAGAACAUUCUUCGAUUCUAUUAAUGGUCGGCUGACGUACGGUGAUAUUGACUGUCGCUACACUGGCUCGUUCCCGCUCGUAUGCUGCAAGCGGAAGCCAGUGGAGCCCGCCACACGGCUGUACAAUCGUCUCGGAGAGGACUGUGAUCGCAAACCUAAUACGAAGACUGCCGAAGCUUGUAAAGCUUGCUACACAUAUCAGAGGCCUCGUAGUUCAAACAUAGUCUGUCCUGAAGAAGCUGGUAUAAGGAUCGCAGGUGGAGAACCCGCGGAGAUCGAACAGUUCCCGCACAUGGUGGUGUUAGGAACUCGGAUCGAACAGAAACCAAAUCCAUCAUCAGCUGAUAUUGAUUGGAUAGGAGCAGGGACUUUGAUAACAGAAACUUUCGUAUUGACAGCAGCACAUGUACUUUACUCCCCUGAUAAUGGUAAUAUACAAUAUGCUUUAUUGGGCACUUCAAAUAAAACAGACCUUAGGGAUGGCGUGUUAAGAUACAUUGUUCAAAGAAUACGACACAAAUUGUACACCAGCGGUUCACAUAACCACGACAUCGCGUUAGUCGAAUUGGAUUACAGGGUACCGUUAUCGAAGUUCAUACGGCCAGCGUGCUUGCCAGUGGAUGGGAUAGUACCUGACACAAUCCCCACCCUGACGACAGUAGCGGGCUGGGGAAGGACAGGCCAGUAUGCUAAUGCUUCUCAAAAAUUGAUGCAAGGUGAUAUGAGAAUACAAAGUACUAAAAUAUGCCGCAAGGGUCUGACAUCACGUUUCCAAAGUUGGGAUCCAAACAUCAUGUUCUGUGCCAAAGCAGAAACCGCUGACACUUGUUAUGGUGACAGCGGUGGUCCAGUAAUGGCGCCUUUGAAAGAAAAUUCAAUGCUCUGUGGUUACUAUGUGGUGGGGAUAGUAUCCUUCGGCACAGUGUGUGGUGUUAACUCCCCCGGGGCGUACACCAAUGUCAAAAACCCAAGCUACUUGGAAUGGAUAUCAAACAUUGUUUGGCCACAAAGCGAGUGAUGCGUAAAAUCCGCAAGGCCAAAAACUAGUCCAUUUAACCCAUCAACCAUCUAUACUUAUAUAAUAAUAGGUGUUCCCGUGCGGCUUUAUCCGCAUGAAACUGUGAAAAUUUCAUUUUAUUGUU